ACUUUCAGUUGCUCAGAGUGGGGCGCCGUCAGUUGCUCAGAGUUGGGCGCCGUCAGUUGGUCAGAGUGGGGCGCCGCUCUACGGGCAGUGGGUUAACUUCAGGCUGUCAACGGUUGCUCCAGUCAACGGUUGCUCCAGUCAACAGUUGCUCCAGUCAACGGUUGCUCCAGUCAACGGUUGCUCCAAUCAACGGUUGCUCCAGUCAACGGUUGCUCCAGUCAACGGUUGCUCCAGUCAGUCCGUGUCGAAACGAACCCUGACGUCAUGUCGACGGGCUGUUGGCGGAACGCCGGGUCAUGUGACAGUGUGACGUCAUGCAGGGCCGUGUUCCGCUGUGAGAAAGCUGGUGAUUACGUCAUCCGGUGGCACUGCCCAGCAAGAGCUGACGAUGAUUUCAACAAGACCGGCACAGGUGACGUCAUGUGCCCUGAUCAGCUGCGUCACGUGACGGACUGUCCGCCUCCUGUCGUCUGCCCGUCACAGGGCCACGUCAACAUUACGAGUGACUUCUACACUGACGUCAUCCUCGCCAUAGCUGUGACGUCAUUUGCAGUGUUGGCCCUCGCGCUCAUCAUCGCCUCCACCUACAAGUACUGGCGGAUGAGGAGGUCAAGGAGACCUCAGGUCCCACCGAGGCAGUUCCUGAUUCGUCCCCUCCCUGUGCGCUACCACAGCAUGUGGGGGGCCGGGCAGCAGCAGUAUGACGUCAUCAAGCCCCACAACUCUCCAGUCUAUGGAUCUUCCUAUCCUGAUAUUUACUUUUCCAGACCAUACGAGCAUCUGCUGACGUCAUCCGAGGAUUCGUUCGAUAAGCAUAUGGGACCCUACACCCGGCGACAUAGCGGCCAAGGUCAUGUGCGACAUAGCGGUCAAGGCCACUUGGGUGCCGGCAACAAAACUAAAACAGACCCGUCUAUCGUAACCGGCAGUUUCGUUUUUCACCAGCCCGGACUUGGCGGGAAAAAAACGGACGGAUGGUCGUACCCAGACGGUAGCGGGGUGGGUACCGAGAGCGGCGAGUCGUACCACAUCUACCGCGGCAAUCUAGGCCAGCAGCCGCUUACCAGCUCACCUCGCUGCCCAGGCCGCAGGGACAAGUGCUGCUCUGACCUUCACCUUGACUUCUCGUGCAACCCUCGUAUCUCGUCCAUAUCUAUCCCAACCUACGGACCGCAACCCGCUCACCAGAGGCGGGACCUGCGUGAGGAGAAAACAGAAAACUUUCUCAACCAAACUCUGGCGGCCAGCAGCAGACGGGCGUCACGUGACUCGCCUUACGGUCACACGGACACCCCACGGGCCGGCUACAUCCGGUCCUGUCAUAGCGGCCACACCCAGGCAUUUGUCAGGGUGGGGCUCAACAUGUGCCGCCACGCCAGACGGCCAAGCUCUGAGCUUGACGAGCUCAGCUACGACAGUUUCCUUAACGACCACCUACGGGAGCUGGCCGCUCAGGGCGCGGCGUCCAGCAGCACCCUGGAUGUUGGGUUUAGGCACAAAAUGUCCAGCCCAUCGUCCCAUUCUCGCUACUAGCCUAUUGUUUUACUACCUUGGCUGACCUAUUGUUGUCCAUUUCUCUACUGACCUAUUGUUGCCCAUUCCUCUACUGACCUAUUGUUGCUUAUUCCAUUACUGACCUAUUGUUGCCCAUUCCUCUACUGACCUAUUGUUGCUUAUUCCAUUACUGACCUAUUGUUGUCCAUUUCUCUACUGACCUAUUGUUGCCCAUUCCUCUACUGACCUAUUGUUGCUUAUUCCAUUACUGACCUAUUGUUGCCCAUUCCUCUACUGACCUAUUGUUGCCCAUUCCUCUACUGACCUAUUGUAUACCAUAUUCACGUUGACAAGUCGUGUUACAGUCUAUUAAUAGAUUCUAAUAUUUAUUCUUGUAACAGCGAAAGUUACAUUUCUGGUAUACAUCGACAAAUUAGGGGCUAACUAAAAUGAACACAUUUGAACAAGUCUAACAUUUUGUGACACGUAAUUUGUCUGGGCGCUAUCAUAGAAUAAACUAUUGAAUAGUUUGAAUCCAUGCAGCAUUUUGAAAAUGAAUCAACGGCUGAAUGUCAUUUCAUAAUUUCACUGAUGAAAUUAGACACCAUCUCUUUGUUGUUGAUUCGAUUCCCACUCCAAUAUUCAGGCUCGGGCAACGCUCAACUACAGGGCAGACACUGGGAGCAGGGCAACGCUCAACUACAGAGCAGACACUGGGAGCAGGGCAACGCUCAACUACAGGGCAGACACUGGGAGCAGGACAACGCUCAACUACAGGGCAGACAUUAGGAGCAGGGCAACGCUCAACUACAGGGCAGACACUAGGAGCAGGGCAACGCUCAACUACAGGGCAGACACUAGGAGCAGGGCAACGCUCAACUACAGGGCAGACACUGG